AUGAGGGGCGAGGUAUGCCACAUCCAUAUCGGCCAGGCUGGGGUUCAGCUUGGGAACAGCGCCUGGGAACUCUACCUCCUGGAACACGGGCUCAAGCCCGACGGACGCCCCGAUACUGCCAGUGAGAACGCUGGAGAGGGCGGCUCUUUCCAGACCUUCUUCAACGAGACGAGCAACGGAAAAUACGUGCCUCGCUCUAUCUUCGUGGAUCUUGACCCUUCGCCAAUCGAUGAGAUCCGUACUGGAGCGUACCGUCAGCUCUUCCACCCCGAACUUCUGAUCAGUGGCAAAGAGGACGCUUCAAACAACUAUGCUCGAGGCCACUAUACCGUUGGCAAGGAGCUUGUGGACAGCGUCAUCGAUCGUGUUCGACGCGUUGCUGAUAAUUGCUCGUCCCUGCAAGGCUUCUUGAUCUUCCACUCAUUCGGCGGCGGCACGGGUUCCGGGUUCGGCGCCCUUCUCCUUGAAAGGCUCGCUACCGACUACGGCAAGAAGUCGAAGCUGGAAUUCGCUGUGUACCCCGCACCACGCGUGUCGACUUCGGUGGUGGAGCCUUACAAUGCCGUCCUGUCCACCCACAGCACCAUUGAGAGCUCGGAUUGUACCUUUCUGGUCGACAAUGAAGCCGUGUACGAUAUCUGUCGGCGGAACCUCGACAUCCCUCGGCCAAACUUCGAGCACCUCAAUCGUCUCAUCGCUCAAGUCGUCAGCUCGAUCACCUCGAGCUUGCGCUUUAAUGGCGCGCUCAACGUUGAUCUGAACGAGUUUCAGACGAACCUCGUUCCAUAUCCAAGGAUUCACUUUCCUCUGAUCUCGUACGCGCCAGUUAUAUCUGCGAAGAAGAGCUCUCACGAGAGCUUUAAGGUCCAAGACCUGACGUUCCAAUGUUUCGAGCCGCAGAACCAAAUGGUCGUUUGUGACCCUCAGAAGGGCAAAUACAUGGCCGUGGCCUUGCUGUAUCGAGGCGAUGUUAUUCCGCGAGACUGCAACGCCGCGAUUGCCGCACUGAAAGCCAAGUCGUCAUUCAACCUGGUCGAGUGGUGUCCAACAGGCUUUAAGGUUGGCAUCAAUCUAGAAAAGCCAAAACACGUCCCCGGCAGCGAGUUGGCAACCGCAGACAGGAGUGUCUCGAUGCUGAGCAACACAACGGCCAUUGCAGAGGCCUGGAGCCGGCUUGACCAUAAGUUUGACCUAAUGUACUCGAAGCGUGCGUUCGUCCACUGGUAUGUGGGUGAAGGUAUGGAGGAAGGAGAGUUCUCCGAGGCACGCGAGGACUUGGCCGCGCUGGAGAAGGACUAUGAGGAGGUCGCCAGUGAUAGCUUGGAGGAGGGUGCGGAUGAUGGUGAGUAUUAG